AUAAAUGUAAAGUAAAACUAAGUUGUUUGAAUGGUGGUUAUGAAGAUCCACAAAAUUGUGCAAUUUGUAAAUGUCCAACAGGAAGUGAUGGUAUACGUUGCGAAAGUAUACCACGAUCUACAGCGGGUUGCGGUGGUGAAUUAUUAGCUGGUGAUAAAUGGCUUACAUUGAAAAGUAGUAUCGUUGGAAAUUGCUUCUGGCGAAUAACUGCACCUUAUGGAAAAGUGCAUUUAGAAGUAUUGGAUGCAACAUAUGUAUGUGAUUCAUCAUGUGCUGACAAUUAUCUUGAAAUAAAGCAUGGAACAGUAUUGGAACAAACUGGAUUCAGGCAAUGUUGUAAUGCUGCACCAGGUGAUAUCAUUUCGGAGACAAAUCAAAUUUACAUCAUCUCUAUUGCUUUAAAAGCUCCAGCUAAUUUUACACUUCGCUAUAUUCGAGAUUCUACAUCAGAUCCGUUACCUAAAGCACCACCAGCACGAUGGAAAGGACAUGGUGGAAUAACUGGAUUAAUUGGAGCUGAAAAUGGUAUUGAUAAUACCUGGGAGCAUGUUGUCCUAAAAGAGCUUCCGAGAACUCUUCAAACAUUUGGUCGACCAUCUAACAAUUUACUUUCAGAUGUUUCUCGUAUUUUGCAACUUUUUUUAAAUCAAGGAUGA